AUGAACUCGCUUACAAAAUACUCCACUUACUCCUUAAACAAUGGUGCAAAGAUCCCAGUGAUUGCAAUGGGAGUUUACUUGACUCCACCAAAUGUAGCAUCACAGGUUGCCUACAAUGCUUUGAGUGUUGGAUAUAGGCACUUGGACUCUGCGCAAAUGUAUGAAAAUGAGCAGGAGGUUGGCGAAGGAAUUGUCAAAUGGCUUAAAGAGAGUUCAGAUCGCAGGAGAGAAGACGUUUACUAUACUACAAAGAUUUUGGACUCGAACCAUGGUUAUGAAAAAGCCAAAAAAGCCAUUGAAGGAAGUUUGGAAAGAGUCAAAUCUUUGAAGUAUAUUGAUUUGAUGUUGAUCCACUCGCCCCAAUCUAAUAGGGAAAAAAGAUUGGAAACUUGGCAGGCAAUGCAAGAGGCAGUCGAGAAUGGUCAAAUCAAACUGAUUGGUGUUUCCAACUAUGGAGUGCAUCAUUUGAAGGAAUUAUUGGAAUGGGAUGGGUUGAGAAUAAAGCCAGUCGUAAAUCAGAUUGAGUUGAAUCCAUGGUUGAUGCGUACCAAGAUUGUCGACUAUGCUAAAGAGAACAACAUUAUUUUGGAGGCCUACAGUCCACUCACGCAAGGAAAAAAGCUUCAUGAUGCGACCUUGGUUGAACUAGCUGAAAAAUACAACAAGAGCCCGGCUCAGAUUUUGAUCCGGUGGUCACUACAACAAGGAUUCGUUGUCUUGCCUAAGAGCGAGAAGAAGGAACGUGCAAUCGAGAACCUUGACGUUUUUGACUUUAGCAUUCUGGACGAGGAUAUGAAGACUCUUUCCCAUCCGGAAUCGAAUGAAGUGUUUGCCAUUUGGGACCCAUCUACGUACCAAGACUGA